AUGGCGAGGGAGUGGCGCAAAGAAGCCAGCGAUUACAUGGCUUCCAAAGCUGUACAAGGGAAGGGAAAAGGUGUGGUCCUAGAAGCAGGGUCAAAGUCGGACUCGGAUUCGAAUGACGUCAUGGAGGUGGAAGACCGGCCAAUGAAGAAACCAAGGAUGGAGCUGCAGGUUGCAUCAUUCAACAAGAAGUAUGUUACCGAAGGUCAUAAAGCACUAAAGGUGAAAGGUGACCAUGCACUCAUGCUAUUUUUGACGUGUACGGGAAUCCCACCACAUGUCAUUGAUUCGGAUGAGUUCAAGGCUUUUUGUAGCAUCCUGAAUGCCAACUACAAGCCUGCCUCUGCAACGACUCUUGCUGAUACACUAAUUUCAAACGAAUCUGCAAGAAUCACAAAAACAAUGUUCGACUAUCUGAAAACACAACGUGAUCUCACCAUUACGUUUGAUGGUGGAAAGAUCCGGAAGCCCAAAUUGUUCUACACUGUUCACGUCACCACUGCUGACAGGCAAACCCUUCUGCUUGAGCUCGAUGACGCCUCAAUGCUCAGUCACACAGCCCAAUAUAUUGGAGAGUUGUUGGAGGGUGUCAUUGCCGAAAUCAGGCCCUACAACUUCUCCGGCUCAUCAUCGGAUGACACUGGAAACACAAAAAACAGCCGCAGAGAUUUGUCGGCAAAGCAGCCUUAUAUAUUAAACCUCCAGGAUGCAUGUCAUUUACUGUCACUGUGCUCCAAGCAAAUAUGCCAGCUGCCCGAAUUCAAAGAGGUCUCUGACCAUCUUAGAAAGAUUUUGGCUUUCAUGGACAAGUCGGGCUAUGCAAUGGAGCACUUCAACUAUCAACGUGGUGUUCUUAAAAUUGGCCAGGGUCUAGAAAAAAUCAGCAAAACUCGAUUCGCAAACAUUCAUUGGUCUGCGGCCUCACUGCAAUGCUGUUUGCCUGCAAUGCAAGCCAUAGUUAGCAAUCUGAGUCUGGGGAUCAAUGUGAAGGGACGAAAUCAUUUAUUUGAGGUGAACACCACAGAUUCACUGAUGUUUCAAGUUGCCCUAGCCAAGCUCAUAGCAAUUACGGGACCAUACGCAAAGGCGAUUCAGUGUCUGGAAUCUGCACAUACAACAUGCGCAGACGUCUAUCUGUACUGGCUUGCCAUUGUUGCACAAAUGGAACAACUCCUUCGAGGCAAUACAAUUCGACUGCUGGAAGAGACCAAAUUGGCCAUUUGUGCAAUUACAAAUGCACGGUGUGGGUACAACAAGUGCAGCGGAGAGAAAUCGAUCUACUACACAGUUGGGUCUUUGCUGCCUACUGCCUCACUUGAGAGCAAGCACAUGAUCAAUGAUGCACCAAACGAUCCAUAUAUCACAGCAUUUUUCUUGCACCCAGAAUACCAAACUGCACAGAUCUACAAGAAUAUCAAUCCUCUUGACCUGCCUCCCAUCCAUUUGAUGAAAUCAAAUGGGACAUACAGUGUUGUAUCCCCCGAAGAUUCAAUCAUCAAGAGAGUGGGCACGAGCCUUCAGCUCAUGCUCAAGCACGAGUACGGUGAUGUUUAUAAUGGGGUAAGGUCAGACCAAGCCGCUGCAAAACUUAUGAAAGAGAGAAAUCCCCGCUUGGCUGGAUUGACUCCACAAGAGGCUCUGCAGGCGUUGAAGGUUGAGCUCAAGGAGUAUCGCAAAGGAGCGGAUCCUUUCAACUGCAAGAUUCGCAAGCACGAGAAUGUCCGAGACUGGUGGUUAGCUGUUCAAAAGGACGAAAAUGCACGAGUUCUUGGGGCCCUUGCAAUCAAGUUAUACUCCGUCGUCCCAGUGUCGAUGGCCGAUGAGAGGACAGUUUCAACAAUCAUGUGGCUUAACAGUCCCACUCGGAGCAGACAAGACAUCUCAACAUUAAAAGAACAUAUACAGAUUCGUCAGUGGCACUGCUGGCAAGCUGACCCAGUAGCACCGACAGUCACUCCUUCCGUCAAAUGGCGAGAUAUGUAUGCAACCAUCCAUGGUAAACCUGAGACACCACCUGUUGUCCCACCGCCUGCUCGACUGCCUACCAUGAAAACGGACAUCAUUUUGAGCUUGACCAAUGAACAUCAAGGUAGAUGUUCAGACUUGGAUGCCGAAGCUGGGGAUUGGCUUGAUAAUGGUGAUAUUGCGGACCAUGUGGGUUUAGCUGGUGUGAAAAGCACUGAGUUUGACGUGGGUAAAGAUAUUGACUUAUCAUCCACUUACCUCCUCGAUAUCCUGUCAGACCACGCCGUACAGCCCACAGUUGCUUGGGGAGGCCUGUCGACACCAAAGGUGAUGGCUGAUCAAGCCACAACUUCGUCCUUGACACCGAUGGAUGACGAGUGGGAGAAAUGGUGA